AUUAUUAUAUACAUUGGCAGCGCAGUUGCAAAAGUUACGUGAAAACGUAAAGGACAAACGGCGCGCCUUCUUCAGCAACGGCGUGUCUGUGCGUGAAUUUGUGUGCGCGCGUGUGUGUGUGUGUGUGCUCGCAGUGUGUUGUGCAAACAGAAAAACAACAUCAAGCGAUGUGCAGAAACGUGCAAAAUAUGCUGAGCGCAACCAAAAUUGGCGACUGCCACUAACUGAAAUACAAAUCUCAGCGUAAAUCAAACGGAAAUCACAGCAACUUAUAAAAUUUGUUGCAAAGUGGAGUACUUUACCAAUCCCGGGGGCAUGACAACGGCGUGGUCACUACUCCAAUUAAAAGCGUAAUCAUCAAAAGGGUCUCUUAGACGCCCCCCAUUGGAUGUACAUAUAUGUGUCAUAAUUUAUGCAGAUAAAAGGUGACGCAACGUGGCCGCGACUCAAUUGCGGUUCGAUAUAGGGCUAGAGUACGAAGCACAGUUAUUCGUGCGAGAGCAGCGGACUAACAUAGAUCGACGGAACGGAGUACGAACGGACAAACAGAAGCGAGCGCAUCGUACAGAUCAUUAACAAAGCAACAUGGCCCGGUUAUCUGGCUGAACCGUUAGCCAACUUUGAGCCUCACACAGUCAGUGAGCGACCCAGCUGUAAGGCGCGAGCUAAUUGAGAAAUCGACACCUGCGGGAAACAUCCGAGAGCUGUGUUCAGAAUGCGACGUCCGAAAAUUUCGCUGAAAAAAUAUUUCUACUUUACGCUGAUCUGUGCGCUGCUUCUAAUCUUUGGGUUCAAUCUCAGAGAGAAAGAGAUAUGGAAGUCGGGAAUCACGCGACCCGCUCUAACCCCCGCAGCGUCGCCGCUGCACCAACAGCGACGUGAGCUUAAUACUAAUCAGGUGAAGACUUCGUCUUUGGUGGACGCCACAGUGAUAUAUGCUUCAGCGCCGCCAGCUUCGCCUGAAUCCCUGCCCGACCCAACUGAGUCACAGCCGCAGCAGCUGGAGGCCGAGGGCGAGGAGGCAGAGGCAGAGGCGGAGUCCGAUACUGCAGCCGAUAAGCGCGCUGAGCCAGCGCCCACAGCCAAGCCCUGGUUCUUUCGCAAUGGCGAAUACUACCCGAGGCCAGCGAAGAUCUUCAGCAAUCGCAAGGCCCGCAAGCAGCAUGCCCCGAAACUAUUCCCACACCAGGAUCCGCACAACGACCGCGUCAUCAAUCAGCUGAUGUAUGUGCCACACAACUACGAUCAGAUCAAGGCGAGUGGCAAGCUGAAAACCAUUCUCCUCUACAACGGACUGGGUCCGUGGAAUGUGAAGAAGGGGCGCGAGGUUUUCCUGCGCUCCAAGUGCCCCGUGGACACCUGCGAGCUGACUGCCAAUCGAGAUCUGGCCAGCGUGGCAGACAUGAUACUAUAUAAGGAUAACUACAUUCCAACGGGCAUACGCCGGCCCAGCAAUCGCAAGCAGGUGACCAUGAUGUACUACCUGGAAUGUCCCUACCACACACAGAACGUCAAGGUGCCAGACGCCAUCAACUGGACGGCCACAUACAGACGCGACAGCACUGUGAUGGCGCCCUAUGAGAAGUGGCAAUACUAUGAUACGAAGCUGCAGCAGCAGGAGCAGGAUCACAACUAUGCACUGAACAAAACGAAAAAGGUUGCCUGGUUCGUCUCCAAUUGCGGAGCACGCAACGGCCGAUUGCAGUACGCACACGAGCUCCAAAAGCACAUUGAGGUGGAUAUCUAUGGUGGCUGUGGCAAUUUUAAAUGCCCACGGAGCACUGCUGACAAGUGCUUCGACAUACUGGACAACGAUUACAAGUUCUACUUGGCAUUCGAGAACUCCAACUGCAAGGACUACAUCACAGAGAAGUUCUUUGUGAAUGCACUGAAUCGCAAGGUGUUGCCGAUUGUGAUGGGCGCCCGGCCCGAGGAUUACGAGGUGAGUGCUCCGCGUCGCUCCUAUAUACAUGUGGACGAGUUUGCCUCGCCCCGAGAGCUGGCCGAGUACCUGCACAUACUCGACAAGGACGACGAGCUCUAUAACUCGUACUUCAAGUGGAAGGGCACCGGCGAGUUCAUCAAUACGUACUUCUGGUGCCGCGUCUGCUCCACGCUCCACAACGAGGAACAGUUGCGUAAGUCCACCUGGUACUCGGACAUCAACGAAUGGUGGCGGGGUCCUGGGGUCUGCACCUCGGGCUCGUGGCGCAACUUCAAGGCGCGCAUGGACGUGAUUAGCGAUGAUUGAGGGCAUGACGUGGUCCAGAUAGUGGACGGCGCAGGUGUCUUUACAUAAUCAAAAUCCCAUAUGUGUGGCUGGCUAUACAGUAUAUUGUUGUUGUUUUUGUAGGAAUCUGUUUGUACUGUAUUGUAAGAAACGAAGCAUGAAAGAAGACAAGCAGCAAGCAUUCCCCUUCGCUUUGAACGAAGAACCGAAACAAAUUGGUUUUCUAGCUAGAACUAAGUGCUUCACAUAAACAUGUUUGUAUGUAUAUGUAUUUAUAUAUAUAUUCAUAUGCAUGAGCAAAUCGAAAAUCAAACGAGCAUGAGGCAAAAGCCUCGGUACAAAUCGAGGAAUAAACAUGUUCCUUCCAGGAUUGAGAGAAAUCGCUUAUGGAUAGUCAAAUGCAAAAGGACAGAGACAAGCGCAUAGAAACUAGCCUAUACAUAGACUAAAGAUCCCGCGAAGAUCAUUUGUAACAUAUACAAUACGAGGAAAGUAAAAAUCCAAAAUAAAUAAGAGAAAUUAGCUUAGUUAUACAAAUUAUAUAGUACUCAAUGUAUAUUUCAGUUGUUCAAAGAGCAAGUCCAAUUUAGCGCAUAGGCCAAAGACGUAUGGGACGAUACGGACGGACGCACAGACAUGCGGACACACGAAAUGAAUGUUCAUUAGCGGUAUAUAUACUAUAUGCGAUAUAUAGCUUAUAUACAAUAUAUAUGUAGGCCGUAAGUCGGUUGCAUACGUAUAUACCAAAUAUAUAAUUAUAGACCGUUUUGUAAGCAUUUUUGUAAGCAACAAAGUCAAGAUCAUUUCUUUUUUAUAUUUUGCGUAUUUAGAUAGUUUCGAUUGCAUAGAUUUGCUCUUAAUUGGAUCAGCAGAUAUCGUAGAUAAUCAUCGCACAACAAACAAGCGCAAUACUCAGACUAGUCUGAGCCUUAAUCUGUACGUUAGCUUUUAGG